AUGGACCCUUCCGGCACGCUCUGGCAGUUUCUCCUGCAGCUGCUGGAGGAGCAGAGCCACCGACACCUCAUCUCCUGGACCUCCAAUGAUGGCGAGUUCAAACUCUUGGAUGCGGAGGAGGUGGCGCGACUCUGGGGCCUGCGGAAAAAAACAAGACCAACAUGAACUACGACAAGCUAAGCCGAGCUUUGAGAUACUACUAUGAUAAGAACAUUAUCAAGAAAGUCAGUGGGCAAAAGUUUGUGUACAAGUUCGUGUGUUAUCCGGAUCCCUGCAGUGGAGAGGCCUCUAAGGAUGAUGGAAAAAGUAGGGAGUCUGUGAAUGAACUGGUCCAAUCGCUCAAGCCUGGAGACAGCUCCCCGUACAUCCCUAAGAUGGCGAGGAGUAGCCCCAAGACCAGCCGCAAUGAGUACAUGCGAUCCGGCCUGUAUUCCACCUUCACUAUCCAAUCUCUGCAGGCCCCACCCACCACACAUCCCAGGACUAGCAAAUUGGAAGCUUUGCCUCCAGCUGAAGCUCCUCCCCUGCAGGAGGUCAGGAGUCAGAGCACUGACAUUCCACAGUAUGAGUCCAUGGAUCAGAGUGACGCCGAUCUUUCCUUGGAAGUCAACAUCCACAGCAGCAAAGAACUUCAGCUACAUGUCACAGUGGAUCCCCCAACUCCUGAUAUCAAAGUGGAGGAUCCUCUUGAAGAUGCAUCUACCGAUGUGGAAGACCUCUCCGAACCUCAGGUCUUUCUUGCAUCUCUACCUGAGAUAAAGACUAUUAGCUCAGAGCAGCCACUGGCUCAGGAGAUCUUGGUGGUCAUCAAUUCUCCAGAGAAAGAGGAAGUGAAAGCUAAGGAUGAUCUCCAGGAAGGAGAGAAGAAAGAGGAGGCACCUCCAGCAAACCCACCACAGGAAGGACAUCCCGUAAAAGGGAAGAAGCCAAAAGACCUGGAAAUCCCCUUCUCUACUGUGAUUGGACAAGAAAAGAUGAAUGCUGCUGUUAAUUCUUUGUUUGGCUCCUGGGAGUGCAUCCUCGGUUAUCACUUCUCAUUCACUGACUCCUCUGCUGCUUACCCCAAGCUCCCUGCCUCCUUCUAUCCACUUCUGGAGUACACUCAGCCCAAUAGCUCCCCGAAGUCCAGCCAAGCUGUCCUUCCAGUUCCCAACCAAUGGAAACAGCCAGAUCCAUGUUCCAACUCUCAGUGUUGAUGGGCUGUCCACCCCUGUUGUGCUAUCUCCUGGACCUCAGAAGCCAUAA